AUGACGGACCAAUCCAGCUCCGAUACCGAUGAUGACGAUAAUAAUUCGAGUGUAUGCAUCGAAGAGAACCCUAUAUUUCCCAGCUUGGGUGGAAAUGUCUUUGCGGCUCAGGGAGAUAGUGAUCGAGAGUACUCUUCCGAUUCGCAAAUUGACCAACCAACAAUUACUAGCAAAAACGCAUUCGGAAACAAUUUUAUAUAUGACAAAGACCAUAAUGAUGAUGACGAUGGUGAUGGUGAUGGUGAUGGUGAUGGUGACGGCGAUGACGAUGAGUCAGGGAUAGCAUUGAGAGAAGUUUUUCGCAUCGGACAGAUGAAAAACAUUAGCAUGGGUCCUAGUGAGGUACCUGUCAAUCAAAUUAGCGAACUGAAGACGACUUCAAGCGAAAUGCUAAACCCUUUUGAAGAUGAUGAAUCCACAUCUCUAGACUCCAAAGUAAUUGAACAAAUGGUUGCACCGAGUAAUGAGAUUAUCACAGGUGAUAAAUUUGGAUUUGUUAGGAUGUACGAAACUUUGACCAAACAAAAGAAACCCACAAACCCUAACAACCCGGUACUUGAGAAAUUGCAACUAGACGGAGCUAUCCCACUACAAGUAAUGGACUCAAGAAAUUCAAGAAACUCAUCAGUUUUUGAAUUAUCAAAGUUGGCCGAUUACGAUAGAUUUGUCAAGGAAACACAUUUGAACGAGAGAAUACAAGCCAAAGUAGCCAAAAGAGUUCCGAAAGAAAAACUAGAUCAAGAGACGUUGUCCAUAAUCGGAGACAAAGAUCUUGCAGAUAAAUUUUAUGCUGGUCAUGAAACCACAAGCAAGACAAAAGGACGGUCGUUUUUCAGCAUCAGCAAACAUAGUAGGAGUAAAAAGAAAUCAAACAGUAAAGUUGAACAUGCUACAGAUAGUGAUGCACUAGAUUUAUACAUGUCAGUGUCAAACUCCACAAACGAACAGCGAGGGCAGAAAAAUGUCGAUGGGAAAGGCUUGAACUACUUACAACGGAAGCUUAGCGUGCGACAUUUGCAAAUGAUUUCCUUGGGUGGCACUAUUGGAGUCGGAUUGUUUUUGAACUCGGGCAAAGCAGUCAAUAUAGCCGGAGGACUUGGUGCGCUCUUGGCGUUUAUGUUAAUUGGAGUUGUGGUGAUGUGCACCAUGGUCUCGUUUUGUGAAAUGGUUACUUUUAUUUCAGUGAUUGAUGGAGUUUCUGGCUUGAGUUCUAGAUUUGUUGAUGAUGCAUUUGGGUUUGCCACUGGUUGGCUAUAUUUUUUCAGUUUUGCUUUUGGGGUUGCUGGUGAAGUUGUUGCCGGUGUGAUUAUGCUCUCUUAUUUUCCGUAUUUAAAGACUGCUACCAAUAAAGGCUCUACAACAGGGUUUGUUACAUUGUUCUUGGCGUCUAUAGUCACGAGCAACUUGAUUGAUGUUAGAGUAUACGGUGAAAUCGAAUACGUGUCCAGUUUCAUCAAGUUAUUGUGGGCAUUGGUGAUGAUGAUUGUUAUGAUAAUCUUGAAUAGAGGCGGAUUUGGUGGACCGGUGUUGGGAUUCAAAUACUGGGACCAUCUGAAGUCAGAUUUCGAUAACAACAUCAUUUUUGGUGUAUUUAGACCAUCCUACAAUUUGUAUGAUACUGGCACGAGUCCACCGUCGGAGGGUAUAGGUGGGAACUUGGGAAGAUUUCUAUCAUUGUUGACAGCUAUACUAGUGGUUUGUUAUGCAUAUAGCGGAACAGAGAUUGUGUGUAUUGCUGCAUGCGAAGCCAAAAACCCAAGAAAAGCUUUGCCUUCUGCCACAAAAAGGGUCUUUUGGAGAAUUGUUAUUUUCUAUUGUUUAUCUGCUUUUUUAGUGACAUUGAACAUUUAUGCUGGAGAUCCUCGCUUGCUUAGAUAUUACCUGGGUUCGACAGGGAUUCUGCAGGAGGAGUUUGAAACAAAUAUAGCAAUUCAGGCAGUAGGAGGUAUGCAUUGCCGCGUCGACUCAACAGUUGUUGCAGGAUAUGGCAGUGGUGCUCAAAGUCCCUGGGUUGUUGCUCUUCAGAGUGCUGGCCUCUGCAAUUUUAGUACUGCCGCCAACAUUUUUUUGGUUUUUUUUGCAGUUAGUUGUGGCAAUGCACAAUUGUAUGUUAGUUCAAGAACAAUGUACUCACUAGCAUUACAAGGCAAAGCACCCAGGUUUUUAGCACACUGCAACCGAAACGGAAUCCCAUACAAUGCAGUAAUCUUUGCCGCCUCAUUUGGUCUUUUAUCUUAUACAUGUGUAUCGCAAUCAGCUACUGUUGUGUUUCAAAAUUUGAACAGUGUGAUUGCGUCUUCAGGUAUAUUUGUCUGGUUUGCCAUGUGCUUGACAUACAUCAGAUUCUACUAUGGCUUAAAGCGACGCCCAGACAUUAUUGGUAGAGACGAUAAGUCAUAUCCAUACAAAUCGCCGUUCCAGCCUUUCAGUGCGAUCAUUGGUUUAGUGUGUACUGCCAUUAUUUUACUUGCAAUGGGGUUUGUUGUGUUCCUCAGUAGGGACUGGGACACAAUGUUUUUCUUUUCAAGCUAUGGUCCAUUAAUGGUUUUCCUCGCACUCUAUGCUGGUUAUAGAAUAAUUAAGGGCACUUCCAUCCCAAGUUUGGAUAGACUCGACUUUGAUUCGGGCAGGACCGAAAUGGAUCGAUAUAUUUGGGAUGGUGGAACAGAGUAUAAUAGAAGAAGUAUGAAGGAAGUUUUUUACAAAUGGAUGUCUUUUCUUGCUUGA